AUGUUGGCAUUUAAGAGAAAAGGCUUAAGAUUCUCGCCCUUGGUUCUCCAUAGCCUAUAUGAAGCUGCCUGGGUCAUACUGGUUGAUGUUUCCUUGCCAGAUGUAGCACUGAAACAUCCAGACACCGGCCUCUUCCCCUGCCAGCUGCCUCUCCACCACAAGUUUG